CCCGAGAAGGUUGGCCCGCAUGAAAAGUUGACAAACCUGUUUAAAAAUCUUGACCAACUCGUCUGGCAGUAUCACACGCUCAGUCCUGAGCUAUAAUUUCAGCUGUAGUAGUUCACAGUGUCGCUUCUACUUUGCAUAUGAUAUCACAGGAAAACAGAAGUAGAAGAGAGAAAUCGAGGAUCCUGGUGCCAGAUGCCAUUUUGAAGGUACAGAGAUAAGCAAGUUUAAACAGGAACGCGUCUUUCAAACCAGGAUGGGUGCCAUUAAGUCUAAACAGUUUAAAAAGACUCCUCAGGUUGUCCUCAUGGGUCUGGAUUCAGCUGGAAAAUCCACUUUGCUGUACAGACAGCAGAGGGGAGUGCUGAUGGACACCUCUCCUACCGUGGGCUUUAAUGUUGCAACUGUAGAGUUGAACAAGAAGACCUCACUGACCGUGUGGGAUGUUGGGGGACAGGGGACUAUGAGGCCCAAUUGGAGAUACUACCUGGAGGGAUGUAAAGUACUGGUGUUUGUGGUGGACAGCAGUGAUCAUGCCAGAAUGGGAGAAGCUAAGAAAGCCCUGAAGAAGAUUCUGAGUGAUGAGCAUUUGAAAGGAGUUCCCCUGAUGGUGCUGGCCAACAAGAAAGAUCUGCCAAACUCUAUGACUAUUAGAGACGUGUCGACAUUGCUGGAACUGGAUAGUUACACAGAUCGGGUUUGGGAGAUCCAAGCUUGCAGCGCCAUGAAGGGACUGGGUCUCCAACAAGCCUUUCUCUCUAUAGCUAAACUACUACAUAAAGCGUAAGGAAGGUACUAUCUCACUAUCUAGGGAAAACAAAAAAUGCAGUUCAAACUUAUAGUAUCUUGACAGUCUCCUUUUAUUUAAUUGGAACCUCAGAACGCAAAGUAAAGAGGUUUGAUCAUGGUACUAUCAUACUAAAACCACACCAAGAAUGGAGAGGAAAGAUGACUGACUGAUUUAACGAAUGCACUUGUUCACGGUUUUUGUAUCCUGUAAAUAUUAUGUUUUUUUUACUUGUCUUCAUGUUCUGCACUGCAUCUAUAUAUAUAUAUGUGUGUGUCUGUGUAAUUUAAUGCCCUGUUCAUGUGUCUCCUGUAGUACAGAUUGUCACAAAAAUUUUGAUGACAAUCAUGUGAUACUAUACAUAAUUUUGAAAUAAUAAUUAAAACUUGAGCGC